AGGCCACGUAUGACGUAUUCCCGCGGCAGAUGUCGUUCGUGCCAACAGUUGAGCCGAAGGGAUGCUCCACCUCUCACACGUGCCGGCCAGAGAGGGAGAGAGGAGAGUGAGAGCACUGAGAGGGGAGUUUUAUUAGUGGCGGAAGCAAAACGAGAUUUUAGAGAGAGAAGGAUGAACGCUGGGUAUCGGCCGGAAUACGAUUUCGUGUGGCCGCCGGCGGCUACGCCGACAGCCGCUCCCGUUAGCAGGCCACCGCCGGAGCUCAGUCCUCCGCUCAUCGCCAUGAUGGCGGUCGUCGCCACCGCGUUCCUCGUCGUCGCUUACUCCCGCCUCAUCUCCAAGUAUCUUCUGCCCGCCAUCGCGCGCCUCCACCAGCUUCUCCGGCGGAGGCCAUCGGCGCCCUCCGACGACGGCUUCGGCGGCUCCCCGUCCCCCGACUCGUCGCCCUUCUUCCAUGCGGCGCUUUCCUCCUACGGACUCGACGAGUCUGCGAUCAAGACGAUUCCUCUCCGCGUCUUCACCAAAGGGAAGCGGUUCCUCGACGGCAGCCACGAUUGCGCCGUCUGCCUUCUGGAAUUCGACUCCGGCGACUAUCUUCGUGUUCUUCCAGGAUGCCACCACGCUUUCCACGUCGAUUGCAUUGACAUCUGGCUGCGGUCCCACGCCAACUGCCCCCUCUGCCGUGCCGGAAUAUUCCGCUCGAAUUCCCCCUUCAUUCCGGUCAUGGCGGCCCGGAUACGCCCCAGCCUCGACGACAGCCUCCUCCGAGACAUCAUCAUCGAGGCCGAGAUAAGGCCCGAUCCAGCAGCGUCGGAGGCGCGGGCGUCGCCCUUCUCCAGCGCCGCGGCCUCGCCUGACACGACCAAAAACGACUUCGGAGACGAAGCAACAGUCCCAGCGACAGGCCGGAGCUCCGGGUUCCUGAAAAGAUCGUACUCCUUCGGGUUCGAAAGCAACCUCGCGACGGAGCGUCUCGUCCUGGAGGCCACGACGGCGUCGCCGUGGAGGUACCGGAGGGGCGGAGUCGGCAGCGGCUUCUGGGCGAAGCGCCCGUCUCCCUUCUGCCUAAAGCCGUCGGUCUUUUCCUUCCGGUCCCUCAAGUCGCCUUUCUUCCGGCGCCGCAGCACCUCGUCCCUCACCGGCUUCUUCCCCCUCUCCGAGUCGCGCGUCCACGGUGGCGCGUCGUCCUCCUCGUCCCGGCGCUGCAAGUCGAUGACGAGCCCAAUGUUCGUCAGGUCCGUGGUCGCUUUCUCCUCCAGCCGAUUGAGGUCCGGGGAUCCCGAAGCUCUCUUGUCCCCCGAGAGGUUCAACCGGCGCUAGAACUCCCAAAAGCUGUAGCCCGUCAUAUGCACCUUUUAUCUUCAACUUAGUCGGCCCAGCGGUGGAGCGACACCGGGGAAUGCGGCGGCGGAAAACGGUGCUCCGCCGACGGAGACGGCGGUUUCCGGGAGGGGACAGAGUCAUAAUGGGCGUGGCGUGGCGAAUUUAAUGCGCGUCUGGUCCGAACUCGCUUUUACCAAUCGGGAAUUAAUGAGGCGGGUGCGCGCAUUGAUGGCCGUCUGGAGACGGUAGAGAGAGACGGCGGUGGCGGAGCAUAAAUGCUGCGAGUCCCGCGCCCAUCACCCAAUUGCGCGACUCAGAAGAAUACAUAUAUAAAAACCGAACGAAGCGUCCCCCUGAGAUUCCGUUCUGCACAGAAACGUUCCUGCACAAGACGUGCACCCCGUUCCGGUGUCCCUCUCAAGGGCAAAUCAGUCAUUGUCGCAGCAGAUUGAUGAUGGUGAUGAGUCUGGAGAUCGACUUCGAGGGCGUGUGGGACAGCCGGACAGGUCGGCCAUCAGUUCUUGUGUGGUCCUUGCCAAAUUGUGCGGCCUUGAAAAGGCUGAAUCCGCUGCUGCUGCUGCUGCUUCUGGUCUGACUGCUUCGCUCUCUCCGCGCAUUCAUGUGCCUUCUGCAGGCCGGUGGUCCGGCGGAUUGCCUUCUUACCUCGAGGCCUCAAUCUUGUAGACGCCGUUUUCCUUUUCCUCUCAAAAUUUAUAAUUUUAAAUUGGUGGCUUUCUUGGAAAUACAUUUUUGUUUCCUGAAUUUCCAUUUUUUAAUGUUGAAAAUUUUGCAAAAACAAGUUCCAUUUUUAACGCUCAAGUUUGAAUUGUAUUGCUUUUAAUUCAAACCUGUUUUCGUUAAAAUUUUCAUCUCGAGAUCUCAAAUUCUAAGUUGGCUGGGGAAGAGUGACGAUUGACGACCAUGGGAAUCGAACUGAGACCGCUGACGCCAAUUGUUCCGUUCAUAUUUAUUUGGCUUUUCUGUUGUAUGUUGUGGAUCAACAUGGCUUAAUUAGAGACACGAAUAUGAAGGAUUUUCUCUUUUUUCAAUUUCUAAUAUUCGUGUCAGUGGUAGACUUUGGAAUUCAAGUACCUAGUCAAGUUCGAUAAGAAAAAUCAAAAUUUGAUUACCAUCAAAUUAUAAUUUGGUA